AUGUCAUCGCAUUACACCAACUGUAAGUGCCGAGCUUCCGACGGGCCGGGGGCUUCUGCGCCGGCUGGUGCCGGUGCGGGGGGCUCCGUGGCGGGCGGGGGCUCCUGCGCCGUGGUCACUUCGACGGCCUCCAGCGGUUCUUCGGCGAACGCCGUAUACGAUGGUCCUUGUCCUUCUACUCAGACCGAGACUGUUACUGAUCUUCACCAAAGUCAGACGGAGGCUUUGGCUGCGGCGGAGGGCUUGUCCCCUCCUCCACACUACCAUUCGGAAGGAGUUUCCUUAUAUGGCGCUCCCUGCUUAGCCAAUUCCGAUCAGUCUGGUCACGAAGGAGCCACCACGCCUCGCCCUGUGGGCGGGCCUGCCGAGACCGCUGGUGGUGCGUCGGCGAGCGAUCUGGCGCCGGGGCCGUCGGUUGGCUGGGUGCCUCCUGGGCCGGUGCCGGCGGGAGUGGAUGUCUCCCUUUCGGCGUCUCGAUCUUCCCCAUGUGCCAACGAGGAUGCUGGUCGAUCGUUAAUGGCUAUACGCAUGAUGCGUCAUCAACAGAAGUACAAGACCUUCCUACAAGAAUGCCUCGCCGCACGUUCUCGAGACUACGCUCAGCCAGACCCUGGCCCACCAUCUCCAGAUUUGAGCCGGACAACAACACCAUCUGAUGUCCGAGAAGAUUUAGCGGCCGUAGGUCUUGUUGAUGAUGCACUGAGCUAUAAUAUAAGCCAAGCUCCUUUGGGAAUGGACGAUUUGGAGAUUCUUUACAAGCAUUUUGGAGUGCAGAGGCGACAGCAGCGGAAACAGCAUGGCAAGUCUAAGCGCCCUGUCCACCACGCCAACAACUUGAACCGAAAUGCUAGACGAAGAGAAAGGUUCCGAGAACACCAGCGGCUAUACCGCCUGGGCCAGAGGGUCUUGGCCCAUGAGCUCUUAAUGAAUCAAUUUGAGGACUCCUCGUCCGUCAACCUCGAAGACGUUCACGACCCCUUGUUUUCAUCCGUUUCAAGGCCUGUCCAGGGAACUAUUAACUCGACAACCAAGAUGAAAGUCCCGCUGGGCCCUGUGGUCGAGGCCGAAGUCAUCCGGGUUAUGGACAGCUUGAACGACGGGGUAGCUCGGGGGCUGGACGGGAUCACCGGUCCAGAACUUAAGAAGAUUCCAGCGAGGAUCCUGACGCAUGUGCUGAACAACUUCAUGAAGUUUCAGGACAUCCCGGAAGAUUUAAAGAUGUCAAAGACUGUCUUCAUCCCAAAAGCAGCUACACCAAGAUCCGCUUCAGACCUACGUCCCAUCACAAUGUCAUCGGUGCUCUGUGGAGUGUUCUCGAAGAUCCUGUUGAGUCGUCUGUCUCAAGAGAACACUUUCCACCCGCUGCAAGGCGGGUUUCACGACGACAGAAGUACAAGCACGAAUUUGCUACUGCUUCAGGGCCUGGUGAAGUACUCGAAGAAAAACAAGAAAAGCCUGUACGCUGCAAGCCUAGACGUCAGAAAGGGUUUCGACACCGUCUCCCAUGAGGCAAUCUUCGCCGCUCUGAGAGGAAGAGGAUGUCCAGAAUAUUACAUUACUUUGAUACGGAACCUGUAUAGCCACGCCUCCACUUCCUUUUUCCUGAAUGGGAAGACAGAUGAGCGCCAAGUGUCUACAAGGCAAGGGAUAAAACAGGGUGACCUCCUGACGCCCUUUCUUUUUAAUGUGGUUUCGGAUCCACUGCUUCAAAAGCUCAAUCGCAAGGGAGUUGCCGUCCAGGUGGGAGGUGCUGAGGCCGGAUGCAUGGCCUUCGUGGACGACGUGCUGCUAAUGUCGUCGAGCUUCGACGGCCUUCGGGCCCUCAUACGCGAUGCUGAAGUCUAUCUCGCUAGGGUUCAACUCCAUCUGAACCGGCGAAGACGCAAUAUUGAACUUGGUGUACCAGUAGAAGUUACAGGACGAUUGGGUCUCGCAACCGCCAUCCACGCAGCUAGAAAGGAGCUCAUCAAGAGGAACAUACAGGAUUACAACAACAUGGGACUCUUCUCCCACAUUCAGGAGCUAGUCGGCAUUCAGCCAGCAUGCAAUCAACUCGGCUCUAGGAGUCACUUGUGUCUACCAGCUAGGGAAGGUGGCUUGGGGGUUCUCUGCAUUGCAUGGACUGGUCCCGCUGUGCAGUACAAGGCGCUUGCACGCUUUCAACGACUUGGAGAUGCAUUUGUUAAUGAGAUGUUUGCUUUGGUCCUGAAUGACCAGGUGGCCAAGCUGGCCAGCUAUUUAGGCAUCCCCGAAGGACUCACAUCCAUCCAUGACAUUGGGGUUGCCUUAAAGGAUGCUCGGCGAGCCUGGUGCGAAUCUCUCAAGCGUUCGUACAAUAACAAGGGGCUGUUAACGCAUCAGCGCGACCACUUGGCCAAUAAAUGGCUGGAUCAUCAGAGUCGCUAUUUGAAAGACGGCGACCGCAUAAAAGUCUUACGUUUGAGAACCGAUCUGUACCCCACCAGGUCCCUUUUUAACGAGCACGUUCAGGAUCCUUCGGCAAGAUUGUGCCACCACUGUAGUGACGCCGAGGAGACGCCAUGCCACAUUCUGCAGUAUUGCCAGCGUGUACACGGCUCAAGAGUUGAACGCCACAACUUUAUUGGGAAGCAGGCAGCACGUCUUAUCCAGCAGUACAACUCGGACGCUACGAUAGAGUGUCAAAGAACGUUUACCGUUGCUGGUGCCAGACUCCGGCCCGGCUUGGUGGUGCACUCAGGGAAUGACACCGUUAUAAUAGACGUGGCCAUAGCUUGGGAUUCCUGUGUACGUAACUUGGAAAGAAAAAAGAGAAGGUAUCCAAGUACGCCUCCCUGGUCACGCUAUUCCCUGAUCGGCAAGUCCGGGUUUCGGGUCUGGUGUUCGGUGCUCGUGGCGUCACGUGCCCGUCCUCGCGUGGGUUAUGUGCUGAUUUUCGGCUUACGACUGCAGAUGUGGCCUGGCUCUCGGCUAGAAGCCUUGUAG